UUGCAAAAGGCAAGCUAAAGUUUCGAUAAACGAAAAAGAGAAGAUGCUCUAGAUAUUUUUAAAGAUAUAGAAAACUUAACCAACCUGACUGAACUCUCACUUUUACGAAAACGUACGUGGCUGCACGAAGAAAUAGCACAUCAAAUAAAAUGACAAAAAUGUGGACGUGUGAUUUCUCGUCGUGGCGUGGCUCUCCAAGCUCUUUUGCUCUCCACUACAAGACUCCAUGCUGUUUGGCAGAUAAACAGCAUCCAGUUUGAUUGGAAAAAAACUGUGUCCUCGUGUACGCCCAUGUGAAUGAGGGUGUAUUCACGAGGACACCCUUUUCCGUUUCCCUAAAUCCCGGCUGGUGUUUUCAACCUUUCAGCGGAUGGAUGGAACGUAUACUUGCAGAUGGAUGCCUGGCUCUGGCUGUUCUUCCCUGGCUAAAAGACAUGCGGACCUUUCGGACGGUCGGCUUUCAGUCGCUGGGCAACAUCGGCGGGAACCAAACGGACAGCGUCUAGCACGUGACGGCUAUUCUAUCGCACCGACACUUUUAACUUUUUCUUCUUUUUUCGGUAAAAAGAAGAAGAAGAAGAAGUUUCCAACUCAAGACAAGAAAGAGAUAAGAAACAAAAAACGGCCAGAGUGGCUCUUUUCCGUCCUUCUAUAUUCUGUGUGUGUGUGUGAGUGUCUCUCUCUGCUGUGUGUGUGUCUGUGUCUGUGUCUGUGUUAUUAGUGCGCAUUCAAAGUGGCCGCGUGUGUGUGGCGUAAUAGUGCGCCGAGCGGAGUAUUAACCCAAAAAGAAGAAGAAGAAGAGUCUGAAGAAUAACAUUUUGAUUUAAGUUUGGCCAGCAGCAGCAGCAGGAACUAGAGAGAGAGAUCCGGCUGGCUGGCUAGCUAGCUAGCUAUAAGCUCCAUUGCGGUGCGGUCGCCAUGAACGACGGGAUUGUAUUCAUUAUUGUUGGGCCAGCGGUUAUUAUUCGUGGUGCUGGGGCUGCCUCCGUCAUCGUCGAUCACGCUCCGCCGUCCGGCGACAGCAGCAGCAGCAGCAACUAAUCCGGAAGGAAUUCGUUGACGACUUUUGGAGCGCCGAUAGAGAUCAUCUUUCGUCUGCUGCUGUGUACAUACAUACAUCCCAGGAUACAACAACUUGGCAGUUUUUCGGACUUUUCCCCCCCGCGUGUUGUUGUGCGCUCGGUGCUUUUCUUCUUCCCUACUGGACAAUUUGAUUUGUUUGGCGAUCGUCAGUUGUCUAGUGUGCGGAGGAUCCAAGAACAACAUUUGAAAGAAGAAAUGAUGAUGGGGCCGCCCGUCUGGACGUCGGCCGUCCUCACCGCCCUCCUCCUUCUAUUGGUGCCAAGGAUCGACGCCUCUGGCAGCAACUCCGCUCUCAAAGCCAAGGGUCACGACGCCCUGGAAGACGACACGGACGAUGCGGCGGCGUAUGCGCGUUACAUGGCCGCUACCGAAGCCUCGGCUCCGCUGAUGCAGCGACGCUCCCAGCAACAACAACAACAACAGCCACAACAACAUCACGAUUCCGCCGUUGUGUCUGCUGCUGUUGGCAGCAGUGCUGGUGGUGCUUCAUCAUCUUCUUCUUCUGCCAGCAGCAGCAGCAGCAGUAGUCAUAGCCCAGGGACUAGCAGCAGCAGCAGCAGCAGCAGGGCCUCGACUCCUUUCAAAAGUAUUUACCGCUCCUCGGGUGGUCACGUGACUCUGCUGCAUUCCAACGACUACGCGGCGGCCAUGGCCGGCACGACCCGGCGUCGCUUGGUGCACGUCUGGAGCCCCUGGUCCGCCUGGUCGCCGUGCAGUCGCACUUGCGGCGGAGGAAUCACCGCCAGACACCGCACCUGUCGCGUCGAAUACGCCAGGGUUUCGGAAGGAUCGGGAAUCCGGUCGAGUUACCAGCAAUGCAUCGGCGAAUCGUCGGAAUAUUCAUCGUGCAAUCCGCAGUCGUGCUCGACGGCAGCGGCCGGACAUCCGGAAGAUUUCCGGCUCUUUCAAUGCUCGCUCUACAAUAACCGGACCAUUCGCGGCCAUUACGUCGCUACUUGGACUCCAUAUCAAAUGGGAGCGAAUCAGUGCGAGUUAAGCUGUCGGGCGGGCAACAAGCCCAACGGAUUGGUCUACUCGUUUGGCAAAGUUUUGGACGGCACGCGCUGCACCAUCGAUCCCGAAAAUCCAUACAAAGAGUUCUGCAUCAACGGCCGGUGUCUCGCGGUAGGCUGUGACGGACGGGUGGGGUCUCCGGCCAAGCGAGACAUGUGCCACGUCUGCGGCGGGAACAACGGCACGUGCCAGAGAGUAGCCGCCGUCGCCUUCCCUCAGAAUGCCGACAUGCCCCUCAAGACACGCAGCCCUCAACGAAGUAUGACGGAAACUUAUGGAUACAGUCCGGUGGUCCGCAUACCUCGAGGUGCCACUCACGUCCGCUUGACGGACAACAGCAGCAAUUACCUCGCAUUGAUGGACGAACGUGAAAGAUAUUUCCUGAACGGCAACUGGAUCGUCGACUGGCCGGGCCGUUACGAAACGUCGGGAGUGGCUUUCCAUUACGAACGCGUCAAAGACUCGGAAGUUGUGCACAGUCGUGGGCCAUUGCAACAAGAUCUCAUCGUCAUGGUUCUGGUGAGGGAGAAAGAUCCGGCCAUUUAUUACGAAUACUGGAUGCCACGUCAAGCUCAACUUUAUCGGAUGACGGUGGACGCUUUCGCUUCGGAUGCCCAGCGGGUGGUCUCGGCCCGACCCACCGUGGCCCCGACCACCAGCCGACCCAGCACGACCACCCGACGGAUAUCUACAUCGAGGGUGACAACAACAACGACGGCCAGGCCAAUUACCACAACGACUCCGGCGGCGCCCGUGGCUUUCCGGCAUCACAACGAGACGGGCGAAACGGAUUUGAGCGAUUGGGAUCAGUACGAGCCGCAGCCGACGGCCGCCAGUUUAGUCAGGAGUCCACCCCGAAUGACGUACGGCAGUUUCAUGAUUCCUUUCUUCGGCUCCUUCGCAACAACAACCACCACCACCACCACUACGCCCAGGACGACUACUACCAGCGCCCCGACUAAAAAAGGCCGUUCCAGGGGCUCCAAGAAGAGCAAAGCGGCCAACGGAGUUCACAACAUCGACGAGGUGCGCCACCAUCUCGGACUGAUCCACAAAAAGCAUCCGAAAACCUCGUCAGCCGUCAGGAGCGGAGCGAACAACGGACCCAGCCACCAGACGCCGUGUUCCGUCGACGGAUCCUGCUGGAAAACGGUCAACGGCAAGAAGCAUUUCUGUCUCAGUGAAUUCGUUUUGCGGUGCAAAGUGCUCAACUACGAGGUGAUUAACGGAGAAACGCGCUACGAGAUCCAGGUGGUUCAAUCCUACAAGAACAUGAUCCCCAUUUUGAACCGUGAAUACAUCUGGGCUGAACCGGUGGCCGAUUGCCCUUGUCCAGCCCCUUAUCUCCGGACUGGCACCGACUACAUCAUCAUGGGCAAGACGGACAGAAAAUUCCGACGUAACGAGAUCCGGCUCCUCCUCGACUCGGACAGUUACGUGCGCGUCUACAACCAGGCCAAUGCGGAGCGAGUGCUGCGCAUCCGCCGAGACGAGGCCAAAUUCUGUCAGAAAUACAAAACGAAAUUUAAUCUCACGACCUAAGAUAAUUGGGUUAGUUUUUCCCUUUUUUCUUUUAACACAAUAUAAGUCAAUGUAAUGUCUUCUUCAGUACUAUACAUAUUGACGUUGGUCCGCCCACCUUAAUAUACGCAAGUGGUGUUGGACGGAUUUGAACAUGAAAAAGAAAAGUUAAUUAAAAAAAAGACGUUUGAUAUUUGUGUUGCUAUUGGCAUCUUCAGUGUUUGUGUCAUAUAGUCUGUAUUUGAUAGAUUUCGUUAUGAAUAUAGUUGAAAUCGUCUAAAUGUAUAAAUAAUCAUGACAUUUAAAAAAAUUGGUUUCGUCAAGUCUAGCGCUAGCUGAAUGAUAUAAUAUCACACUUGUAAAUACAUGCGAUUGUACGAUCAACUUUUAUGUGUUUUUUUUGGCUUGCCUGUACCAUGUUGAUUAAAAAUGAGUUGCUGUUUAUUAUUUGUCCCGAUGACUGUAAUACAAGCUUCGUUUUGACUGUCAA